CAUACAUAAGAAAACACAAGCUUUUAAACCUAAAAAUACAUUAAUGUCUUCCAAACGUUUUAACGAUUUUCUUCGCCGUGCGCAAGGUGCAAUCUCCAACUUUAGAAAUGGGUUUUUUAUUGGCAGAAGUGGAGAAGUGAUUUAUUCAAAAAAUAAUAUUUGUUUGCACGAGGAUGCAGAAAAUAUUGCAGAUUUAGAACCAAUACACACUCCAGGCUAUUUAUCUAUCUAUUGUCUGGAUGAUGAAUUGUUGGGUGUAACCCUUGUUUUGCAGUGGAUGCCUAAUACUUUAUUGGAAAAAAAUCCGACAAGUAUUCGAUCAGUCUCACCCAAACCUUUAUCUUUAAAUGAAAAUGUUGAAAAUAAAAAUUUAAUAAUUACUCGACUUUCUUGUUCCAAUAGAGAAGUUGGUGGUGAUAGUGAAGAGGAGGGAGAGUUAAGUACAAUAGAAGAAAGAGUAAAAGAAGAACAACAAUAUUUUGAUAAUUCUUCAAUUAUUGAAAAGCAUUUUGAGCAAAAUGAAGGUAUUGUUGGUCAACGACCAACAACAUUGCUUCAAUCUGAGGAACAAACGGUGAGGGAUUUUUGA